AGAGGGGGAGAGGGGACAGAGCACCCUGCUCUUUCGAGAGCGCAGCCCCCAUUGCGCCUCCUUCUCCUACCCUGGUAGGACCGUCGGAAUGAGAUCUUUGUAGGUUACGCCGCGGAGCUUGUAUGACCCCAAUAUUUUGAACUGUGUUGCUUUUUUGGAUUGUGAACUGAGACUUGUUUGGACGAGCGUAUGCGCGCACUCUCGCAUACCCCGCACAAGCAAGCACGCACACAAACAAAUACAAACAAACACCACCGAACGUCCGCUGUUCCUGUUAGAGCGAGCGGAACAGACAGGUCUCGCUGUGGAAACACUGGCUCCUGGAGAGGCACAGUUACGGAGUCAACGUGAAAACAAUUUGUGUAUGAAAAACAAAUAUCCAUAUAAAGGGGACAUAACCAAUACCAGUGGACCUCGGAUAUGGCGGGUGUGAAGACAUUCGACCUUAUUGUUGGAGUUGUUUUAGUUUUACACUGUCUUGGAAAUGCGCUUCAAACGACCCGAGGGGAGAUAACAACAAGCGGGGUCUCCUAUGACUAUGUGCAGGGGCUGUCGCUGGCAGACAAGGAUGUGGCAGUGGACGUGAAGCUUUACAGCCACAGGUGGCGGAGGUGGCUAUCCCCAGAACCGCGCAACAUGGACAGUAACAGGGCCAGCCAGGAUCAGGACCAGGACCAGGACCCCGAGCCGGACCAAGACCUGGAUCUGCCAGAUGCCUUCCCUGGUCUGCUCUCAACCCAAGAAACAGACAACAGCUCCCAGAUAGAGGAGGACACAGACCACAACUACUACACAUCAAAGAGCUAUGGGCCUGCGGAUCCCACGAGCAAGGACUUGUGGGUAAAUAUUGACCAGAUGGACAAGCAAAAGGUGAAGAUUCAUGGGAUUCUGUCUAACACACACCGACAAGCCGCGAGAGUCAAUCUGUCCUUCGAUUUUCCCUUUUAUGGACAUUUCCUGCGUGAAAUCACCGUGGCAACUGGUGGGUUCAUCUACACAGGUGACGUGGUCCACAGGAUGCUGACGGCCACCCAGUACAUUGCGCCCCUCAUGGCGAACUUUGACCCCAGCGUAUCACGGAACUCCACUGUCAUCUACUUCGACAACGGUACCGCUCUGGUGGUCCAGUGGGACCAUGUCCACCUCCAGGACAAUUACAACCUGGGCAGCUUCACCUUCCAGGCCACACUGCACAACGAUGGACGCAUCAUCUUCGCCUACAAAGAGGUCCCUGUGGAGGUGUCAGUCAUCAGCUCUGUCAAUCACCCUGUGAAGAUUGGCCUCUCUGAUGCCUUUGUGGUGCUCCACAGGAUUCAACAGAUACCCAAUGUUCGAAGGAGAACAAUCUAUGAGUAUCAUCGUGUGGAACUCACCAAGACAAAGAUCACCAACUCCACAGCUGUGGAGAUGUGGCCUCUUCCUACGUGUCUCCAGUUCACCAGCUGCAGCGGCUGCAUCUCCGCCCAGAUCAACUUCAACUGCAGCUGGUGCCACCGUCUGCACAGAUGCUCCAGUGGAUUUGACCGUCAUCGUCAAGACUGGGUGGAUAACAGCUGUCCAGAUGAGACCAAGGACAAGACCUGUGACAUCAUCAGAACCACCCAGCCCCAUCCCUUCACUACCACCGAGGUCGCCAUGACCACGGCCGCCCGCAGAGAGUCCACACUUGCAGGGGAGACAUCUUCUACAUCCCACCCCCCAACCAGCGCUCCUACAGAAGAUGAUACCAAGAUUGCUCUGCAUCUUAAAGACAAUGGAGCCAUGCCUGCUGACGGCGCAGCUGAGCGGACCACGGGCGCUCACCCCCUCCACACGGGGCUGAUCCUGGGUGUCCUCAUGGUGAUGGUCGUCAUGGUCGCCGGUGUCCUGAUCACCGUCUACGUCUACCACCACCCCACCUCCGCCGCCAGCCUCUUCUUCAUCGAGAGACGUCCCAGCAGGUGGCCGGCCAUGAAGUUCCGCCGAGGAUCAGGGCACCCGGCCUACGCGGAGGUGGAGCCCGUGGGCCAGGAGAAGGAGGGCUUCAUCGAGUCUGAGCAGUGCUGAGGGGGAUGGGGGGGAGGGGGGUGGGGGGCCUCCACACACACACAGCCACAACACUCUAUACUCGACACCCCCUUCCGCUUUUGCCUCCUCCUCCUCCCUCUUGUCCACCCCACAGUGAACUUUCAUCCUGUACCAGUACUGACCCCAAAAGGAGGACCUGAGCUACUGCGCUGACUGAACUUAGACUUAGGCUGGUUCACCAAGUGGACUGCCAACGUCUGAGGUGUCGAUGGUGACGAAGUACGUGGGGAAAGAUGUCCGUUCAUAAGAUUCACCUCAUUCACCUCACUCUGAGAUCCCAGGCUCUCUCUCCCUGCUGCUGGUGGUGGUCUGCAGCCUUGGUGGACCUCCACAAUGCACCAGGAGAAGUCUGGCAGCCCAGAGAGCUGAUGUGAGAGGCCCUGAGGGACGCUCACUGCCAGCGGGACUGGGCUGCAGGAAAACUCUAAACUGAUUCUAUCUCAGCUCCAGGCCUCAGAGAGCUCCCUCUCCCCGCUGCAAGCGACUGAUGGACACACAGAGGGGCGGAAGAAGGGGCGUGUGGCCUUGGUUCUGAUUGGUUUCCUGUAGCCAUUCAGUGGUUGUACAGCCUAACUGCCCUUGGUGUUGUGCUGAUGUGCCUAAGGGAUUGGUAGUGAAUAUAACUAUACAUACAGUAUAUUUUUCAGAAAACAAUACAGAGUGUGUGCACAGAGAUUCUGGGUUCUAUAGGCCUUUGUAUAUCCUUUUUUUCUGCUUGUUAAAUUUUUCAUGCUUUCUUUUUUGAUGCUUUUACUGGACUUUCCAUCGUGAAAUGUGUGAUAUGACCUUGCUUUCCAGUACAGUGAUACAGCUGCCUUUGACUUUUUCCCUACAGUCUAUUACUGUUCACAGUAAGGCAGAACAGUGUGAUACAGUAUAGACUCUGAUGUCUUGCAGCAGCCCCCAAUUACAGCCGGGGUGGGGGUGGGGGCGACACGGCCAUGGCUUUCAGUUGUUGAGGCAGGUGGAUUUGCUUGAGUUUUAUUACAAAGAUGAUAUGUUCUUUGAUUACCGGGGUGUUUUUUUAAAUCAUUUUGUGAAUACUCUUUUCACUAUUCAAUUGAUCCUUAAAAGGUAAAGAUUACGCUAUUCAAUGUGUGUGUGUGUGUGUGUGAGAGAGAGAAAUCGUUUUUUAAUUUGACAUUGUUUUCACUUCUUCCAUGCCAUUUUGUAUACAGUGUUGUUUCCCAUGCACAUAUUUCUUUAAUUCAUUUGACUAAUAUUAUUUGGUAAAAAUGCAAAAUGACAAGACAGGCGCUUGUGAGUGUGUGAGUUCAUGUGUGUGUGUGUGUGUGUGUGUGUGAUUGGACAUCCACUUUUUUAAGGCUUGGAAUGUUUGAGCUGGCUCUGUGUGAUUGAUGCUCAUUGGUUGAAAUUUAUUUUGGUGGCUCACACAAGUUAGAUAUUUUUGUCUGAGGUAUAGUGUUACUGAUCUCUAGAGGAUAUGAAUAGUGGCUAGUCCACAUCAUUUAACCAUAGCAAUGUAUACAAGGGUCACCUUUGUAGACACACGUUCAAAAACAUUUGCAGGUUAUUAAUGAAAUUAGUACAUAUAUUAUUAGGAAAUUAUUAUGUCUUACUUUUGAGUGGCCUUCUUUAUGUUCUUUCUCAUUUUGUUUUUAUCAAAACAUGGAAUCAUGUUUCAAUUGCUGCUGAUGCAGAUCAAUAUACCAUGCUUUCAUGCAUUGAUCAAAUCAAACAAAUGACUAAGAUUUUUAUGACUCUUUCAGAUACAAAAAACACAAAUCUUAGAAACACGUUGUACUUGUAUACUGUUUUAGCUGACAAGUGACAUGAAAUGUGCAAUAUAAAAAUCCACCUGGACCCACACAUUUCCAUUGCACUGCAGACCAAAGAAUCAUUUCAACAUAAACCAUAUAAAUUAUUACAAAAUUGCUAAAUUCACACUCUGCCCAUAACCUUUUCUUUAUUCAAGCCAUGUGUGGCUGUCCCAUAGUCCUCUGUCCCUCACCCCCUAUUACCAUAGCCCCACCUCCAACAGCAAAACCCAAACACCUGACAUGUGCACUAUUAUCUCACCAGAGACUCACAGUGAUUCAGACACACACACAGGUAUGGAAUACUUUUCAUUGUGUGCUCUGAAAGCAGACAGCAGCAGCUCCAUAUGGAAGCAGUCGUGUUUUGUGGAGUCCCCAGACCUCUCCCUCUGUCUGCCUCUCUACUCAGCACUUCCCUGUACUUCAUAGCCUCUCCGCACGAGAGCAAUGGUUUUAGGGCUCCCCUCAAAGUCUAAGGCAAGUCUUUUUCGAAACAGAUCUCUAAGGACGGGUUAGAGCCAGGGGGUGGACACACUGGUUGGUGGCUGAUGGCCUCUCUAUGCUUACAGACAUUCUCUGAGAUUGGCUGGGGAGGGGGGUUGGGUUCACUCCCUUUGGAGCAGUACCGUUUGAGACUUUGAAAGAUCUGAUCGUCAAGACACCUCUGCCGUUUGAAAAAAAACCUUCAACCUUGCUUGGGGUUUGUUACUACGCCUUUAAUAAUAAUUUGCAUCUCUGAACUGAACUGAUUACUUCCAUCCAACUUUAUAUAAACUUUUAUGUUGUUCUUUUUUUCGGGCAAGCAACCUUGUGCUGUUGCUGGGAUAGGCUACAUCUGCCGCAGUGUGCUGUUGUGUUUUUCCUGCCACUGAAUGAUGUGAUUAUAUACAGGUACAAGUCUAGCUCUACAAUGUUUGUCGUCACAAAUAUACAGAAUGGAGGCCGAGCAGGCAGGGGUGUGGUGGGGGUUGGUGGAGGUUAAUCAAACUGUGACCCUGUGUUUUGUUCCAGAAUUAUCACAAAGGACAUGAUGAAAGACUUCAAAUUGCACAGUACCAUAGCUGUCUGUAAUUUCUGUAACUACUGUUGUUUUGAUUACAUUUGAAAUAAUAAAGAAUGUUUAAAACACAA